UUUAGGCAAAGCCCAGGUUGUGUUUCCAAACCAACGCAACUGAUUUCGCAGAUUAACACACCUUUAGCCAAACAAGGAAAGACUAAUCAGCGUCGAUUUGACAAUAAAACCUGCAUACACAUAGCCCUGCAAGGUACAUGGUUGAAUACCACUGCAGUAAGUAAAUCUUUUACAGGCGACCCGGUUUUAAAGAUGGAUGUUUUCCAACGACUCAUCGACUUUAGCAUGACGGAUAGCUGCACUUCCAUGUGACAGUCACAAGGUUGUAAACACAAAGUUCAUUGCGGGGUUUCGUCAGCCUGUCACAGACCUUCAGGAUGUGGGAAACACUGGACGUGUACUUUCUCCUCUGUCUUGCCGUAUCAACAAAUGGCCUUUACAAGCAAUGGAUCCCUGACACCAACUACGAGAAUAAAACCAACUGGGACAAAGGAGUCGUUCCAUGUGGCCGUGACAAAGCUGUGUUUCCUGCACAAAGGAAAGUGUCAGUUUACGUGGAGACUGUCCACUCUGUGCAGGAGAUGAGGUUGCCGGUCGAUGGAGAGUUUUUCCUGCAUUCAGGGGCUGGGUUUUACGUGGGAGGCGGGCCGGAACCUGGUUGCGGAGCGGGUGUCACUACCCAGUUCAGAGACUCUGAAUCCCUUAAGUGGUUCGACCCAGGUCUGUGGCAGGCAGCGGACACUUUGGACGACCUGGAGCGCGGACGCCUCCUGUUCGCAGUCCACGAAGAAAGCGUACCCUGCCAGUAUGACAACGUGAUCUUUAACGCCCGGUCCUCAUUCAGGGUGGAUACCACGUCCGCUACACGUACCAUCCCCGUCAAAAGUGUGUCUGUAUUUGGAGAGACGUAUGACAGUAAAACUGAGUUCUCCCAGUACCUCGGUUCACGUUCGGGCCAGCUGCAGUUCCACGGGUCCUCGGUCGUCACCAUCAGGAAGGCAGGCUGUGAUGACGUAUCAGGCUGCGACUGUGGGAAUUCUGUGAACCAUGACGUGAUCUGUAACCAUGUAAAAUGUUCACCUCUGACCUGUAGAAAGCCCCUUCGCCCCAUGGGACACUGCUGCGAUGUGUGCGGUGCUCUGGUUACCAUCCGCUACACCACCGGAUUCAACCUACAGACUUACAGACAACGGCUCCAGAACCUAUUUCUCAUCCAGUCGGCGUACAAUUCUGUCCAGCUGGGCAUGUCCAAAGUCUUCAGAUCGAAGCGGUUGAUGGGGAUCGUCCCUUUUGGUGCCUCGGCUGAGAUCCAGAUAGUGAUUCUGGAUAGAGAGACAGGCCCACAAUCGGGCACGGUUGCCGAGAAGUUGGCCCAAGAGCUGUUGGAGGAUGCCCUUUCUCAUGACUCUGACCUGGGCAUCACUGAGGUCGAACUCGAGGCCUCCUCUGGGAGCAGCAGCGACAAUGGGCUUGGUGUUGAUGCUGGUGUUGUGGUUGGAGCUGUGUUUGGAGUACUAAUCAUGGGAGGUCUUGUUAGCCUUGUGGCUGUCUUGGUUCAUAAGGGCAUUGUUCAAAUGCCCAAGAUCGCCAUGCCUUCAAUGCCCUCAAUGCCUUCAAUGCCGUCAAUGCCUUCAAUGCCCUCAAUGCCAUCUUUCAGCCGCUUUAGGAAUAAAAGUGACAAUGGAGACCUUGGUGGGCCUCUUGACCACGGCUUUGAGAAUCCUAUAUUUGACAAACCCACCAUGUUUCCUACUGUACCCAGUCUGUACGGGACUGAAGUUGAUAAUUCGAUAUCCAUGACUCAGUCAGGUGUGCACUAUGUAAAUCCAGUUUAUGACGAAAAUGAAACUGAUAUAUAAUGCCUGAGCGAC